AUGAUCAAACACCAAGGGCGGAUAGACGAUUCUCGGAGGAAGAAGAAGAAGAAGAAGAAGAAGAAGAUGAUGAAGAAGAUGAAGAAGAUGAAGAAGAAGGAGAGGAGCUUUGGAAGUGGUACGGAAUUUGGACGGAGCUGUGGAAGGAACGGGUGGCCCCUGCUUCGGGACGCGCCCCGCGGCUCGAGCCCGAAAAGCUUAUUUGGGGCAGGUUUGUUGUGGUUGAAACUCGACGCGCUGCUGAGUUGAAGAAUAAUCCUGUACACCUCCUCCACCCGAACAUCACACUUGCGACCACCACACACGAUCCUACUCGCUGCACGGCGCAUUCAAUCCCACGACCUGUACACUACUCCUUCGUUUGGACUGUCCCACGUGAAGGCGCUCUCAGGUGACACGACGGCCACGCAACGACCCGGCAUUCCUCUCCCAAAUUUCUCGUCACAGUUCGUUCCCCGUCCAACCUCAUCCACCCGAGCUCGCCUCCGACGCUGACGCACUCUCUGACAGUGGCGCAGAUCAAGUACAUCAAGAACAAAAAACCUGCUCCCGGCUCGCCAGAUUCCGCCAUGGCUGCAGUGCCCCCGACCUCCAGAGAGCGCGCAGCGCAACAGAAAUAUGCAGCAAAGCAGGCGGCAGAGGCCAACACCAAAGCCAAAAUCACCCGUGCCAAGCCAGAAGCUGAAGCGAAAGUGACCAAGAGCAAAGCACCGGCCAAGAGCAAGGCCGCCGCUGCGGAGAAGACGAAGGCUGCUCCAAAGGGUCGCGGCAAGGCGAAGAAGGACACCGAGGCUGAGACAGACGGAGAGACAAAGACAAAGAAGAAUGCCACAAAGGCUAAGGGUAAGUCAUUGAACCACAAUGUCAUAUUUAUGGGCAGAUACCCUGCGGUGGGCGGCGCUACAUUACAGCAACAUGGCCGCCAACCACAAGUCGGCACCGCGUCUCCCAUUGUGUUAUUGGGACCCGAACGGACGCUUACAUUCCUCCACAGGCACUACCAAGAAAGCUGCGCCCAAGAAGACGCCUGCGGCGUCAUCGACCACGUCGAAGAAGCGCAAAGCAGAAGAUGGCGAAGCUCCGGCAGCUCCAGCCAAGAGGGUCAAGCUCCUCACCAAGGGACCCGAGAUCAAUCAGCCACCAACCGAGCGUCUCCAUGUCUACGUCUUCGGCGAAGGCACCGCCGGUGAGCUCGCACUCGGUACUGCCAAGAAUGCCGUCGACGUCAAGCGUCCACGCCUCAACCCAAACCUCAGCGCCGAAACCGUCGGUGUCGUCCAGGUCGCCGCCGGCGGCAUGCACUGCGUUGCACUCACUCAUGAUAACAAGGUCUUGACUUGGGGUGUCAACGACCAGGGCACUCUUGGUCGAGACACUGAGUGGGAUGGCGGAUUGAAAGAUAUGGACGAUAACGCAAGUGACAGCGACGAUGAGGAUGGCGAUGACAACGGCUUGAACCCGAAGGAGUGCACACCUGGCGAGGUCGACUGGUCGAAGACCGACGUCGCAGAAGGGACACGCUUUGUGCAGGUCGCAGCAGGCGAUUCCACUUCAUUCGUACUCACUGACGACGGCCGUGUCUACGGCUGGGGCACAUUCCGCGGCAACGAUGGCAUCUUCGGCUUCACGCCCGACGUGAAGGUUGCCUAUCGCCCAGUACUCGUGCCGAAUCUCUCCAAGGUCACAGAUAUCAAGGCUGGUGCCAAUCACGCCCUCGCCAUAGACAGCAAGGGAGCCGUCUACGCCUGGGGAUCUGGUCAGCAGAAUCAGCUUGGCCGUCGCAUUAUCGAGCGUACCAAGGCUCAGGCCCUCAUCCCGAGCGAAUUCGGCCUGCCCAAGGGCCCAAAGAAGGGCAUCACAUCAAUCGCCACGGGCAGCUACCACAGCUUCGCCAUCUCCAAGACCGGAGAUGUCUAUUCCUGGGGUUUGAACAACUUUGGUGAGACCGGCAUCAUGGACAACGCCGGACAGGAUGACGCAGUCAUCAUGAACCCACAAGUUGUUAAGCAACUGCGCGGCAAGAACAUCGUCAGCAUUCAAGGCGGUGGCCAUCACAGCAUUGCAUCCACCGAAGAAGGCGACUGCCUUGUUUGGGGCCGUAUUGAUGGCGCUCAGACGGGCAUCGCAGCAGACGAUAUUGCCAAGCUCCCUGCUGAUGCUGUCAUCAAGGAUGAGCAUGGCCGCCCACGCAUCCUCUCCGCUCCACAGAAGGUCACUGCAAUCAAGGGCGAAGUCUGUCACGUCACCACCAGCUCCGACCACAACAUCGUCCUCACAAAGCAAGGCAAGGCAUGGUCAUGGGGAUUUUCUGCCAACUACCAGACUGGUCUUGGCACUGAUGAUGACGUUCCUGUCGCCACUAUGAUCGAUAAUACCGCCGUCCGCGACAAGAAGCUCACUGGCGCUACCACCGGAGGCCAAUUCAGCGUUCUGACCGCGCCAGCUGGCAUCACUACAAAUGGCGACGCCGACACGGAGAUGCAGGAUGCUUGA